AUGACCAGCUCUUCAGCCGGAUAUUUCCCCCCUUCCAUAGGCGAUUCAUCCUCAAGUCACCAACCACCGAGUGUCCCAACCCUUCAAGACGACAGCGACGACGACGACCCUGUCGCAAGCCAUCAUCGAGAGCAGACGCUACUAUCGGAGGAUCCUCUCUACGAAGACGAAGGAGAGAUAGUGAGCUUCAAGCGGAAAGCCAAGCAAGCUCCCGUAUCUCGAUUCCUAUCUGCUAUUUCAGGAACUGGCGCGCAAUCGCGUCAACCUGCACUUUCUCCCAGAUCAGGAACACCUGGUGUGAGUAACAGUGGCUCGUGGGGAUCCGGGACAAACAACGGCGAGGAGGCGUCUUCGAAUAUCAAUGCAAAUCCUAAGGAUGGAGGUCCUCUGGACUGGUACGCGGAAGGGCCGGGGCGCAGAGUUGGAUAUGAAGACAUGACAGCAAUCGAUUGGAUAUUCGAAUACACAAAAGAACGGCAACGCUUACGAGUACUAUACUCAAGCGCUUCGGGGUUGUUGGGAUAUGCGCAACGAGCUUUAGAUGCGAGUCAGAUAUGGAUUGUGCUAAUCCUGACCGGGCUCGCCGCUGGAAUAUUCGCGGCAGCAAUAGAUGUCGCGAGCGAUUGGCUUGGAGAUAUGAAGACCGGAUACUGUUCCGCUGGGGAUGACGGAGGGCGUUUCUAUCUGAACAAAUACUUCUGCUGUUACGGAUAUGAUGGGUAUACUCAGUGCCGAGACUGGGUACCCUGGAGUGCGGCCGUUCAUAUAACAUCUGCUGGGGGUAAAUGGUUCAUAGAAUACUUCUUUUUCACACUUUUCUCUGUUGCGUUCGGAGUCUCUGCUAGUAUUUUAGUCAAAGAGUAUGCGCCAUACGCAAAGCACAGUGGAAUACCAGAGAUUAAGACAGUAUUGGGAGGAUUUGUCAUUCGACGUUUUAUGGGAACCUGGACUUUGAUAAUUAAGUCACUUGGUCUGUGUCUAGCUGUUGCAUCUGGUAUGUGGCUGGGAAAAGAAGGGCCACUUGUCCAUGUGGCAUGCUGUUGUGCGAAUUUGUUUAUGAAACUUUUUGGAAACAUAAAUGGCAAUGAAGCACGGAAACGCGAAGUCUUGUCUGCUGCUGCUGCUGCGGGAAUAUCUGUGGCAUUCGGCUCUCCAAUUGGGGGUGUUUUGUUCAGUCUUGAGCAACUAUCCUAUUAUUUCCCCGACAAAACCAUGUGGCAGAGCUUCGUUUGCGCCAUGACUGCGGCUGUCACACUUCAGGCUUUUGAUCCUUUUAGAAGUGGAAAGCUCGUACUUUAUCAAGUCACUUACAGCUCCGGUUGGCAUGGUUUCGAGAUGAUCCCUUUUGCGUUACUCGGAAUACUUGGAGGUAUCUACGGCGGUUUGUUCAUCAAAAUGAAUAUGAAAAUCGCAGGAUGGAAAAAAGGAAAUGCAUGGCUGCCUGGGCCCAUUACCCAAGUAGCCAUCAUUGCUAUCUUGACUGCUCUUAUUAAUUACCCUAACUUUUACAUGAGAGCGCAGGCUUCCGAACUCGUAUAUUCUCUCCUCGCAGAGUGCUCCAAAGUCGUUGAUGACCAGUUCGGUCUUUGCAAAACGGGAGCUGCUACUGCAGGGACAAUAUUCCUACUAGUUUUCGCGGCUAUUCUAGGCUUCUUUCUUGCAUCUGUCACUUUCGGGUUACAGAUCCCAGCUGGUAUCAUUCUACCUUCAAUGGCGGUUGGGGCACUCAUGGGACGAGCAGUUGGAAUCAUCAUGGAGAUUUGGGUUCACAACCACCCCACCUUCUUUCCAUUUGCCUCUUGCGAACCCGAUGUUCCUUGCGUAACUCCUGGAACGUACGCCAUCAUUGGAGCUGCCGCAGCUCUUGGUGGCGUUACCCGCAUGACAGUCUCAAUAGUGGUUAUUAUGUUCGAAUUGACUGGUGCACUUACCUAUGUCCUUCCUAUCAUGAUAGCCGUUAUGUUAAGCAAAUGGAUUGGCGACGCCUUCGGCAAACGUGGAAUUUAUGAAUCCUGGAUCCACUUUAACGAAUACCCCUUCUUGGACAACAGCGAAGAGACUGUAAUCCCCGACAUACCCGUCAGCCAAAUCAUGACACGCAUCGAAGACCUCGUUGUUCUCACAUCGACAGGACAUACCAUUCGGUCCCUGUCCAACAUUUUGGCAACCCACCCGUAUCGAGGGUUCCCUGUCAUAUCUGAUCCGCGCGACGCGAUUCUCCUAGGAUAUAUUUCCAGAGCUGAAUUAGAGUACAUCCUGCGUUCAUCAACAGAAGGGCCACGUUCUUUGCCCCCAGAAGCAGAAGCCUUCUUCUCUCACCAACCUCUUGCUGACCCUCGAACUACUCUUGAUCUCCGGCCCUGGAUGGAUCAAACUCCACUAACUCUACCCUCUCGCUCUAAUCUCCUUCUCACCGCCAAUUACUUCCAGAAAUUAGGGUUGCGUUACAUACUCUUCUCAGAUAGAGGCGUCCUACAAGGGUUCCUAACGAAGAAGGAUGUAUGGUAUGUGCUCAAUGGAGCAGAGGAAACAAGAAAGACAGCUGCACAAGAAGGAACUUUGAGGAUGCCAGGUGGCCUAGGUAUUGACACUGGGCUAACAAGAGAAAAUGGUCAAGGAGAGCAGAGAGGCCUGUUGGACAGGAAUGGAGAUACUGAAGAUUCCACACCGAUCAGUCCGGUUGGCGAUGCACCAAUCCUAUGA